UAACCAUACCCACCUUACCAAAUUGAUAAAAAAAAAAAAAGAUUCUUCUACUUUAAAUUUGAUCCAAGCAAAUCCAAAUUGGUUCAUUAUUUUUGUUGAUAAAAUUAUAAAUUGUUGAUUGAAUCAAUUUUGGGUUUUCCCAAUUUGUUUGGGAAUUUUUUUGUAAAAUUCGAUUUGGUGGUUGAAGGAUAUGGGUUCAUAUUUUGAUCGAUGGGAGAAAGAUCCGUUCUUCUCUGCUGCAGAAGAGGUUCAGGAAUCUGCCGACAGGAUGGAAUCGACUUAUAGAACAUGGAUUCAUGCGUUGAAGGACACUUCUGGACGUUGGAAUUCCGAUGAGCUAUGCAGAGACCUAAGGACUACCCUUGGCACUGCUAAAUGGCAGUUGGAGGAAUUUGAUCGGGCAGUUAGUUCGAGCUACAAUAAUACUUCAACUGAUGAUGCUAAAGAAAGGCAUGGUGAAUUUGUUAUUGCCAUGGAUAAUCAGAUUAAGAAAGUAGAGAAGAGUCUAAAUGAAUCAGCUUUUUCACAAGGCAAUCAAUGGGUCCGCUUGGAUGAGAGGGAACUCGAUGAACUAGCCGUGUUUCUCUCAGGACCGUCGACCUCUUCUUCAUUUUCGGAUAAAUCCUCUGUAAAAGUUGACGAAGUUGAGCAGAAACCAGCUUUGUGGGAAGAGGAUUGUAAGCAACGAAUGCCAGAGUAUUCAAAAAGUUCGUCUAACUUAGUGGACGGGAGUCAAGUUGACACCAAGGAUGAGAUGUAUUCAGGGCACCGGAAGACAGCAAGUGCUUGCGGUGAUAUUGGUGCUUGGAAAAUUGCAGUUGCUGAUGACAUUUGCGGCAAACAACCUGCACCACCCCCCCGCAAGAUACCCAGUAUUCAAGGCCUGUUGAAUUGUGUGGAAUCUGCCACAAAGUUGAAGUGGUCAAAGAAUGGUUAUAGGAAGCUGAGGUUCAACUCUGAUGAUCAUCAAGAAGCUGUUUGUACAUUGCCGCAGUCUCUGCCAUUGACUAGGGGCAUUAACACAUGUUGUGAGAGGAGUAAAAGUUGCCUUGAUUGUUGUGAUGAAAGUUAUCAGAAGCAACUCAAUGGUUGGUAUGGAGCAGUACAACGACAGCUGCAAAGGUCUCAGUAUUAUGUGAAAUACAAUCGACCUGUUCAAAUGGCUUCUUCUGUGGUUCUUCUAAUUUUCUUUAUUGUUUUAUUGGGGUUCCAUAUGUGAGUGAUGAGCCUAUAUUCCUGCAAACGAAGAAAGCUUGCAGGGUUCGAAAGAUCAACAAACAACUGCCUAUCAACUGUACCGUAUACAGGCAGGUGAUUUUGUUGGAGUUAGAUGAAGUGAAAGCAGGAACUGAUUGCACUAGAAUUGUUGCAGUAAUACCUUAACCUAUAUCCUGCCAAUUUAAGUGCCACUAGUAGUGGCUAAUUACUGUUGUACUAUAAGAUGAAUCUUAAGGAUUGCAGGUAAAAUGUUGUUCCAAAACCUGCAUCCACAGAAAUGAACCAUUUUUCAGGUCUAUUUGACCCGCGACAUCAUGUAUAGUGUGCUUUUAUUCAUUAUCUGGAUAUUGGUCUAA